CCUUAAAAGACGAAACCAGAUAUCCCUCCCAAACAAAUUGCCAAGCCAAAAUAUCCCUCCCAAGCACAUUGCCCUUGUUUCCUUCUGUAAACCUCCAUUUCUCUUCUUCUCUCCUCUUUUUCACUCCAGUAACAGCAGCCACAGCCAUGUUUGAACAAUCUGUGUCAUUUAUACCCUCGAUUUGGUCCUCCAUGAACAGUUGGUUCACCCCCACUGUUCUUUUUGUCUUCCUCAACCUCGUGAUUGGAACCAUCGCUAUUACUUCUAGCUUGGCUAAUGCCCACAAGCAACAAGACCACCCACAGCAUCACCAAAUCCCUAGAUCUCCAUCUGUGUUGCAGAGGCUCAAAUCUGUCAACUUUUACACUUACAGAUCCCCCCAAUCCAACACCAACUUCGCUCAAACUCCAGCUAUGGACUCUCUUCUCACUCCUCAGCAACUUCAGUCUACGACUGGAUCUCCUCUGCUACAAAGGCUCAAGUCCAUUAACCUCAAUAGCUAUUUUUCUCAAGAAUCUUCUACUUUGCCCAAAACGCAAGAAGCAGAAAGACAAGAAGAACCAAAAGAAGAAAAGGAAGGAGAUGAAUGCAUUCAAAAUGAAGCAGCAGAGACUCCUGAUCUUGAUGAGGUAUCUGGGCAACUGAAGGGCAGCCAAGUAAGCAGAACUAAAUCUGAUACCAAACCAGUGGGGGGAGAGAUGCCCAAGAGCCUACCAAAGAAAAUGAAGAAGUCUGCGAGUACAGAGUCUGCUUUUUCUCACUUUGAAGAAGAGGAUCUUGUUGAGAGUCGUACGCCAGCAACUGCUAAAGAAGGGAAAGGGAAAGCGACCCAAGUUGUUGAUGAUGAAGUGGAUGCUAAAGCUGAUGACUUUAUCAACAAGUUCAAGCAGCAGUUGAAGCUGCAGCGGAUUGAUUCCAUUAUGAGGUACAAGGAGAUGAUCACUAGAGGAAGUGGAAACUAAACUAGCUAGGGCUUGGGGUUUUGUUGAUUAUUAUUAUUUUUGUUUAAAUUAAAACUCUAGGAGUUUAUUUCUUAGGAUGUAACUGCAGAUCUACUGCAUAUGUUUGACGAACAUUUUGUUCAGAGUUAUGUCACUGAUAUUUUCAGUCUCA